UGAGAGAAUUCAAUAUCGAUUCAAAUUAUCCAUCUCAAAUGAGAAACUUAUACUCAUUACAAUCCUGAUAAUUCUGAUGAUUCUCUCCUCUCUUCACUAUCAAUAUUUUCUUUGAUUCGCACCAAUUCAAGCAAGAGAACCAACAACAAGUCAUGGUCAAUUCAUGUACCCACCUCAAUUUCUUUAAAAGCAAGAUUACCAACCUUGCUUCUUAUUCUCCCUCUCGAAAAAAAACCUCCAAAAUCGACGGCGAGCAGAGAAGAAGGCUUUUUUCGGGGAGCAAAGAGACAUUAAAAACAUCAGCAACAUAACAGAAGAAGAACACGAGAAUGGAAACCACCACAACUAUUGAUAUUCAAGCCUUGAAGAAGGAAUUGGUUUUAGAUUUGAUUCAAAUUGGUGCUUUGAAAUUUGGUAGAUUUACAUUAAAGUCCGGCAUUGUUUCUCCUUUCUAUGUGGAUUUGAGAAUUAUUGGACCAAAAAUGUUGCGCCAAUUUUCUGUACUGUUAUAUCAUGUGAUGACAGUAAAGGGAUUGACAAACAUGGAAAAGAGAGUUAUUUGUGGUGUUCCUUAUAGUGCAUUGACAUUCUCAUCCUGUAUGUCCAUGACUUAUGAUUUACCUAUGGUUAUCUGUAGAAAGGAAAGAAAGCAAUAUGGUACUGGAAAUAUGGUUGAAGGUAUCUACACUAAGAAUGAAACUAAUUGUAUCUUAAUUGAGGAUGUCAUUACUAGUGGAGCUAGUAUUGUAGAAACUGCUGAAAAAUUGGAAAAUGAAGGACUUUUGGUGACAGAUGCUCUCGUCUUUUUGACAAGAGAACAACUUCCACUCACCAAUGGUAUGCACAUCUUGAAGAAGGGAGAAAAGGUUUACAAUGUUCAUCCAUGUUUGACCAUGACAGAAGUCACACAAGUUUUACUUGACGAAGGUAAAAUGUCACAAGAACAAAGAGAAGAUAUUCUUCAAUUUAUUGGCACUAAUACUUUCUCGGAAACCAAGACAACUGCUGUGCCACAAAAGAAGAAGGAACUCACAUUUACUGAAAGAGCUGAAUUGACAAACAAUGAAUUCUCAAAGAAAUUGUUCAAGUUGAUGGAAGAAAAGCAAACUAAUUUAUGUGUUGCUGCUGAUAUUACUAGUAAGGAUGACCUUUUGAAAUUGGCUGAUGAAACUGGUCCAGAAAUUUGCAUGUUAAAGACUCACAUUGAUACUUUGGAUGAUCAACCAGAUGAACAAUUCACUCAACAACUCAAAGAAUUGGCUAAGAAGCACAACUUUUUAAUUUUCGAAGAUAGAAAGUUGGCUGAUAUCGGCCAAGUUGUCAAGCAACAAUAUGCCAGAGGUCCAUUCAAAAUUGCUCAAUGGUCUGAUCUCUGUAAUUCUCACUUGGUUAGUGGUGGAUCUGCUACUGUUAAGGCUUUGAAGGAAUCUCUCAAGGAAGAAAAUAUUACUGAACCAAGAGGUUUGCUCUUGAUUGCUCAAAUGAGUACUGAAGGUGCCACUACUGGUGAAUCCACAAAGCAAGAAGCACUCAAGGUUGCUUUGGAAAAUCCAGAUUUUGUCAGUGGUUUCAUUUGUCAAAGCAAAUUGAGAGAUGAUCUCGAUCAAUUCCUCUACUGCACUCCUGGUGUUAGACUCGAUGUUAAGGGAGAUUCAUUGGGCCAACAAUACAACUCUCCAGAGUAUGUAGUUUGUGAAAAGAAGUGUGAUGUCAUUAUUGUGGGUAGAGGUAUUUACCACGACAAGGAACGUCAAAAUGCUGCCAAGUUGUACAGAAAGCUUGGUUGGGAAGCUUAUCAAAAGAGAAUCCAACAAUAAAUUUCUGAUGAAAUUGUAGGCAAAAAACAAAGUUGUUAAGUGAUUUUCAAAGUUUCAAAAAAUGUUGCCCUACUGUUCGUCGGGGAGCGGCGAAAAUAGUAAAUUUUUGUAAAUAUUUUUAAUAAGUUAUUUAAAAGUG